UGUAAUUUUAAAUGUCUAGGUGUUGGCUAUUGAAGACGUGUUCAAGCAUAGGGUGACAAAUGUGGUUUUCAUGGGAAUGGGUGAGCCGAUGUUGAACCUAAAGUCAGUGCUUGAUGCUCAUCUUUGUAUGAACAAGGACAUUGAAAUCGGGCAACGAAUGAUUACAAUAUCAGCAGUAGGUGUUCCAAACACAAUCAAGAGACUUGCCUCUCAUAAGCUUCAGUCGACCUUAGCUGUCAGCUUACAUGCGCCAAAUCAGAGUCUCCAGGAGAAAAUUGUACCAAGUGCCAAGGCUUAUCCGCUAGAAGCAAUUAUGAAGGAUUGUCGUGAUUACUUCCAAGAAACAAAUAGACGAGUCUCCUUCGAAUAUGCCCUUCUAGCUGGUGUCAAUGACAAAGUUGAGCAUGCGGUGGAACUCGCAGAGCUACCCCGUGAAUGGGGUAAAACUUAUCACGUUAACUUGAUACCUUACAACCCGAUAGAAGGAUCAGAGUACAAGCGACCUUACAAGAAAGCGGUCCUAGCGUUUGCAGCUGCAUUGGAGUCACGUAAGAUAACUGCCAGCGUCAGGCAAACAAGAGGACUUGAUGCAAGUGCUGCUUGUGGUCAGCUGAGGAAUAAGUUUCAGAAAAGCCCUGUAAUUGCUGUGACGGAUAGUCAGCCAGAUGCAGAAGCUGUCGCGUCUUGAUGACCUGGAUUGCACAAAUCUCUGGUUUUGCCAUUAGAUGGCUCUGUUCAACUUUGUUUUGAAAAGUAGACAGGCAUGACUCAAUGACGGAAAAGUGAAAGUUGUCUUUAAAGGUUUGGUCGGUCAUUACAGCUGGGGAUGAGGAGAUUGAAGCGCACGUUUGAGAACCGACGACUUUGACAUUAGUUUUAUAUGUCUUGGCCUAUACGUUUGUGAUGUGAUGUAUACUUUGGUUUAUUAUAAUUGUGACGAGGAAGCCAAGUUAAUAAUGUUAUCCAGUGAAUGAUAUUAACAGAUAUCAGCUA